UUCUCAAAAAGUCGAUCUAAUCCUGACUAGAAAAAGUUUAUUUUUUUAAAUAAAGGGCUGUGCUUAAAUAUCCGGAAUGUUCUCCUUUCUGACGCUGCCAUGUCGGCCCCUCUAUUGCCUUUUGUACGGUCCGAAGAGCCAGGACAAUGCCCGGAUCCGGUGUCUUCGUCUCCUGGUUAGCUUUAUAGUGGGCCUCGCUUUGGGCUACCUCCUCUGGAAGCUGGUGGCCCUGAACUUCAGCCUCGGUCGCCUUUUCACCCACGGAUCCACUGACCUCUAUGUCUUUGCGACCUUCGUCCUUCUGACAGGAACUGCCUUUAUGCUGAGCCGUCCCGUUCGAUCUGUUAUCAUGCUGAUCUUCGUGGCCCUGGUGGGCAGAUCUGGAAGGACAUACCUGCGAGCUGUGGCCUUCGCCUUCAUCAUAUCCGGUCCCAUCAACAAUCUAGUGGAAAAUGCGGGCGAGGUGGCUCGAGUCUUCGUCUGUACCACUGUGCUGACCUACAAUCUAUCGAAGACCCGCUUCGAUUUGAUGGCCAAGCCGUUUACAAAUACUUUGAAGAACAUGCGAGGAGACGUGGAGGAGAUACGACAUACCUUUUCGGAAUUGCACGAUGUGCUCGGCGAUCUUAAAUAUGCUGUAGAGCAUUCGGACAUCGAGGACGAGAAGUACGGCGACAAAAAGACUAAUCCCCAGUACCAGAGAUGGCCGAGAGAAUCGAGGACUAUGAAUAUAAGUACAACUGGAGCUACCAAGGAUCUACCAACUGCGGCUGAAGUUCAGGAGCGUUUUCAGCGGAACAUGAGAAACCGCUGCAAGCAUCAGCUGAGAAGUGGCCAUCGGGUGUGUGUGGAGGUCUUUCGCAAGGGCUACCGCAAAUGCACCACCAACUUCCCAUCCCUGAUAGGAAAGGCCGUCUGUUGGCCCUACCGAGUGGACAUCAUCUGCGAACUGGACCUCUUUGGCAAUCCGGAUAAGAUAUGCGACCCCUCCGAGGUGGUGCCCCGCAAUUUCGGAGAAACCUACGUGGAGCUACUGAAAGCCGAGCGGGAACUCUUCGACAACAACUCGCAGAUAGAGGUCAACUACGAGAUAAAGGACGAGGAACUGGUCAAGAGCAAACUAAAGUCCGCCGAAAGGACCGCAGAGGGCUUCACAAAGGACUUUGAGCGCCGAAGACACAUCUUCAACAGAGUUAUGGCCCUCCUCCAAAAGAUCCUGUGUCUCUUCAUGCUGCGCAUGGUCUUCGUAUCUAUCAAGUACUAUCUAAAGUAUCUCGGUGACGUGGAGUUCGACAACUUCUACAUCACCGAUUACUUUAAGCACGUGGAUCAGCGGCGCAAGAACCAGGGCAAUGAUGCCAUCUUACCAUUGCGCACCUACGAGAAGUCCUUGUAUAUUGACCUGGACCACAUCUUCAGUCGUACCCAGGAAGAGUCCACCACCGUUUUCUUUAGCUUGCUGCAAUUUCUGCUGGAAAUAGUGACAUCGGGUCUCUUUAUAUUAGUUGAUCAUCUGGUGGUCGAAAUGAUGCAAAUCAUACGCAACCGAUCAAUGAUCACUUAUCACCAAGAGGGCCAGCACGAAGUGCGAUUCAAUAUCAGUGGCGUGGGUCAAAUGGCGAGACUGUUGAGGACCACCAUGCAUAACUUCAAUAUCCACGAGAGAGUCUCCACUUCACUGACUAACGAGGAGUGUCUACCAAAUCCCCACGUCCUUGCCAAAAGAUUCUACUAUGAGCUUUUACUACUCUAUCUGGUAAUCGUAGUGUUGAUCUACCAGAGUACAACCUUCUUGCGAAUGCGACGAGUCAUCUGCAGCUACUUUCACUACAAGCGUGAAAAGCAGCGCAUCCUUUUCCUGUAUAACCGCAUCCUGCGGAACCGUCUUAGAUCGCUCGAGAACCUAGUUCGCGAUGCCGAGGAUAACCUGGCCACCUAUCGCAUCCAGCAGCAAGUGAAUGUCUUCCUGUGGCUACGGUUCUCGUGUCCUGUCGCAUUCGGUUGGCUCCGGUAUUUCAAGUGCGCCAAAAGGACCUGCCUCAUCUGCUGUGGCUUUGAGGACUCCACCUUCACCAUCUGCCACAUCUGCGGAUUGCCCUAUUGCGACGACUGUGCCGAGGACCUCAACAGUGUGUGCCUGCAGUGCGGUUCGGUACUGACAAGAAUAACAGAAGAAUCCGACGGUAGUGUGGAGGUGUACGCCUACAGGAAGGAGAAAUAAUUAAGGAAUACUAAGAACCUUAAGUUUAAAAAGCUCUAGUACUCCCUACCUAAAAAAAUGUCUACUAUUCCUUGUUUAACCAUUUCUUUAACAGUAGUUUGUUAAUGUGU